GCUCCGUUCAUUCCAUCGUUGGUUACAGAAAACCCUCCGCUCCACAGCGCAUACUCUGCUCCAUCUCUUACCGCUCUCUCCGCAAGCGUGCUCGGACACCAUGGACGCUCCUCCGGCAGCCGCAGCAGCCAACAACGUGGCCAAUCCACCGGCAGUGGCGGCGGCCAAUCCUCCGGCGCCGGGAGCAGCGGCUGCUUCUGCAGCGAAUGCCAAUGCCUGGAAGAAGAAGAAGAAGGACAACAAGUGUUGCAUGAUGUUUCUGGUCGUUGGGAAGACCUUCCUGGCUCUGCUGAUGGUAGCUCUUGCAGCGAACAACGUGGCCAAUUCUCCGGCGCCGGCAGCAGCGGACGUUGCGCUGCUGAUACUUUGGCUCCUCUCUUUGGCGAUGAGCGUUGUUAUGCUCGUGCUGCUGUGCAUCGAAAAGUAGAGAAUCUAUAUCACGUCUGGAGUAGAUUGCAGGAGUGCGCCACCCGAUCGAUGAGGACGACGGUAAAUAAGGUGACGCUAGUGUGUGUUAGGUUAUCGUGUGUGGCCUGCGUGCCACCUGUGUGGGGCUUAUAAGCUGUGUGCUGUACUACAAUCAUGUCUGAAGAUAAAAGUAAACUAAA